GCUACAUUUUUGACAAUUACACUUGGUUGUUUUGCUGAUGAUUAAUGCAAAUAUAAUAAUUUUUCGUAAACACGUAUAAGUAUAUCUAGUGAAAAUUUUCCAUAAACAAAACAAAUAUUUGAUAAAAUGGCUGCUUUGAAAGAUUAUUGAUUUGUGCAUUCUUAACAUGCUUGGGCAUGACCUUCCUCAUAUUGGCUUGUGCGGUGCCACAACCAAAAAUUUUCUAUCCAUUUUUUGUAUUGUUAUUCUACGUUCUAUCCGUUUUACCGGUAUUCAUAGCGAAACGCUUUAACCAAGGCAGUGAGACUAAUCCGAAAACGGAGUUUGCUCUAUUUCUCUGCGCUGGUAUGGUGCUGAGUGCUUUUGCGUUUCCCAUAGUACUGGCGCAUAGUCAUGUGAUUACAUGGACUGCAGCUACACUUACGUUGAUUAGUAAUGUGAUUAAUUAUUUAACCAUAUUUGGUUACUCGAUGAGAGAUAGUGAAUUUGAUGCUCCAUACGGUGGAAUGUUCUAAAUUGUAAAAGAAAGUGUUUUAAUAUUAAAAUUUUUUGUUUUCAUGCAAUCUGAGUGAAGAGACUCUUUCAUAGGAAAAUGACUGCAAUGACUUCUUAUAGUCGAGUGUACACAGAACAUUUGAAGAAAACUACACAAUAACUAUCAUCACUUAAUUUCCAACGAAAUGUUACCGAUGCAUUGAAUCAACAUUUUAAUCAACGUUGGACAAACGUGUAGAGCGCCUUCAAGAUUCUAGUAGAUUUGAAAAAGGCUAAAGGCUAAAAGAAAUAUCACUUACAUUGCAGCUAUAUACAUAAACACAUACAUACAUAUAUACAUGAAUAUGAUUUUUUAGGUUUAAGAUAAAGAGCUUUUUGUAUUUACGAUCAACUUGCGAAAUAAAAAAUGGUUGCUAAUCUGGCACAUUUUUGUUUUAAGAAAAAAAUUCAUCAAACGUAAACAAAAUUCAAAUUACCAAAUAAUUACUAUAUUUGAAAUGAACGAUUAAAGAUAAAAUAAAUAAAUGUAUGUUAUAUAAACCUCAUGCGCAAUAUAAGGAAUCUCGUUUGUGUAAUAUUAGACACUGAAUUUAUGUAUACGUAGUAGUGUAUUAAUACGGCUUUGAGUAAAUUUAAUUUAAAUUCUACAUGAUACUAAA